GGUUCGCCGUGCGCUGCGGGAGUGAAGGCGGCCCGGUCUGGCGGGGGGCGACGAGGCCACGCGCAGCCCCGGCCGCGCACAGGCGGGGGCGGCGCGAGGCAAGGGGUCGAUACUCGGCGGGCCAGCGACAGCCUAGUUCAGCGAGGAGUCAGCCAGCGCACCGGCAGCAACCAGCCCACGGCAGUCGCUGCAAGCCGCCCCGACCACACAGACAGGACCCGCCAUGAAGCUGCUGCUGCUGAGCGCCGUGGCGCUGCUGGCGGCCACCAGCCCCGCCCUCGCCUGGGGCGGCCUCUUCAACCGCUUCAGCCCCGAGAUGUUGUCCAACCUGGGCUACGGCGGCCACGGCUACGGCAGCUACCGCGCCCAGCCGCUGCUGCAGCGGUUCCAGAAUCCUGGAGAGGUGUUCCAGGAACUCCAGGAAGAGGAAGAAGAGCCAUGCUACGGAAAGAAGUGUACUGCCAAUGAACAUUGCUGUCCGGGGUCUGUGUGCGUGGAUGUAGACGGCAUCGUGGGGUCGUGCUUGUUCGCGUACGGCCUGAAGCAGGGCGAGGCCUGCCGCCGCGACAACGACUGCGAGACCGGCCUGCUGUGCACCGAGGUGGCGGGCGAGGGGCGCACCUGCCAGCCGCCCAUCUCCAACAAGAAGCAGUACAGCGAGGACUGCACCAUGAGCAGCGAGUGUGACAUCGGCAAGGGGCUGUGCUGCCAGUUGCAGCGGCGACAUCGGCAGGCGCCGCGCAAGGUGUGCUCCUAUUUCAAAGACCCUCUCAUCUGCAUCGGACCAGUAGCAGCUGACCAGGUGAAAGACGACAUAGAGCACACGGCUGGAGAGAAGAGACUCACCGGCAAGGCUACCAACUUCAACCACCUGCGCCGGAAGUAGAACGACCCACUCCUGCCAACAAAAACACAUAAAUAUUUAUUUCUCUUUCAGAUAAUGUCAUGUCGUGUUCUCUUGACAGCCUAAUGUCGUACCGUCAUCUAUUGGUUCAACAUAAGUGUUUUGUAAAACAUGAAUUACGGCUAGAUAUUAAGUUUAGACGAGUUUGUUGUAGAUGCUACCAAAAGCAAACAUUACAUGAUUCUGUAAGAAACAUGUAUUCGGUUACAAUUGUUACUGACUAUCCUAAAGAAAAUGGCGAGAGGCCUACAAACAAAUUAUUGUAUACAUUUAUAAUAUUUAAAAUACAAAUGAAAUACUGUAAAAAAUCUGACGUCAACUAGUUGAAAGCUAGAAACUUAAUAUGGCCUAAAGAAAAAAAAUGCAAAUACGUUUACAAAAUCUCGUUUGCAACAUAGUAAGGCUACGAAGAACAAUUAUGCAAAUAAUUAAAUAUCCAACUAUUGAAACCCGGUGACAUCUCCAUGACGAUUUCACGAGAAAAGUGAUCCAGUUCUGUUAGCGUUUUUAUCACAUCAUAUGAUACAUAUUGGAGAAAUAAAAGGUUUGAUAGUGUGGAAAGAACUUUAGUUCAUAUAAUCGAGUCAGCCUAAUCGUUUUAUUAUUGUAUAAAACGUUUUUAACAAACUUCAAACCUAUACUUAAUGUCAUACGUUUUUAUUUGAAAAUAUGUAUAACCUUCUUUUAGUACUUAAAAAUAAAAUAAAAAGUAAAAUGCUAAAUUUGUUAGACAAUGAUAUGCAAUAAGUGACAAUACUUGUAAGUAUUUUGUUCAACUGUGCAUAAAAUAAUUACACCUUCACUUUCAGAACUAAAAAAUUCCAACGCAAAACAAUUAAAUUUCUAAAUUGUAUUCGCUGCUUGAAAGUCGAGUAACGAGGAAGUUUAAAUUAUUUUCCGUUGGUUUUAUUCCCGAACACGCUUACGCACAACAGAUAUCAUGCCCAGACGAGACGUUACCAAAGAAGUGACGACAGAAGGAGCCACUCGUGGAUUGAAAUUUCCCUGCUCUUGCCAACUUCGCCGUGUGAUGAAAAAUAAUAAUACAUAAUAAUUAGGAAGCACGGCUCGAGAACUUGAGAGAUGGACGCGCGCGCGUGUGUGUAUGCGUGUGUUUUUGACACGGAGGUUUAACUGUGCGUGAGCCGUCAGCGCCGGUGGCGACGCUCCACUUCACUGUGCUGUUACUGGCUGAGGCAUUGUUGGUAACCCUGCGCCGCCGCGCCUGCGGCCCGCACUCCCGCGCACGAACCACGCACACUAGCGGAACUCCGGAACGCGCCCGCUCUCCUCUCCCCGACACAAACAAAACCUGAUGCGACAUUUCCCGUUCGGUCGCGUGCCCCUCUCGUUUCCGUCGUCGGCGCGGUUAAGCAGGCGGUCGGCGUCGGCACGGAGAACGCGGAGCCACUGACCGCCCAAACACAAGGUUGACGCUCGUAAGUGAAUAAACAUAUCAGAAAUGUAAAGGAAACGAAAUCGAUUUUAACGAAGACAUAUCAUUUUAACACUAACGUUUGUGCGAUGUCCAUUGUCAAAGAUACAUAUCAUAUUGAGAAAGAAACAGACUACAGCAAACAUAUCAUGUACGUUCACAUUCACAAAAAAAAUUUUUAUUCAUAACUCUUUUUGUUAAUAUUUUUGCAUUACUACAAAUAAUUUCAUAAUUUUCAGUCAUUGAGAAUAUACCGUAUAAUAAUCACGUACAAAAAUACAUAAUUUUCACGUCAAACAUUGUUAAUUUUUUUUUUUUCUUGAUUUAUUUACGUACAUUGAUUUUCCGCAAAUGAAUAUUGCCAAGAAUUAACCCAAAUCAUAUGACUAAGGCUGAUGCAGUACAACAUAAUAAAUCUUUUGACAUGAGUUUAUUCCAUUAUUUUUGUAAUGUUAUUAAAUGUUGAUAUAUUCUAUUCAAAAAAGUUAUAGUCUUAAAGCUUUAAAUGUUGUUUAUUGAUAGAUACCACAAAACUGUGCUAUAUUUUCAAUGUUUCUGCCUCUAUAAAAUUUAUGUAUUAAAAUUAUAUUUCAAAUAUGAUUAUACAUUUAUUGCAUUAUUAAAGUCAUGCGUGUAUUAAUUACUGUGUUCAAAGCAA